AUGGUGCUGGGUUUCCGGAAACGCCAUGAGAUGGAGGACAUCACCCCCGACAUCUCCUCGCCCAGCAGUUCGCUGGACCACGAGGCGAUGACGGCGGAAGUCCUCAACUCGCUAAGGCAGUUCGAGAGAAUGCACCACCUUGACCCCAAUUUGCCCAUCGACGAACUAGAUCAGGUUGAUAUCGCUCUCAGCGCCGGGAACAUCGAGAAGGGAAUUGAAAUCGAGCAGGUUCUGGUGGAGGAAAAUUCCCCUUAUCCAGAGGUCCGCGCAUCAGUACGAAAUUACGAUGUCGAUUUGCCCGCCAACACCAUCCGCGCCUGGGUCAUCGGCAUGCUUCUGUGCACGAUCGGUUCCGGCGUCAACAUGCUGUUCUCGCUAAGGAACCCUAGUAUCACUAUCACGACCUACCUUAUCCAGCUUAUCGCCUAUCCCAUAGGUUUGGGCUGGGACCUAAUCUUUCCUGACAGGACAUUCAAUCUGUUCGGAUUGAAAUUUAAUUUCAGACCAGGCCCCUUCAACUUCAAGGAGCAUGUGAUCAUCGUAGUUAUGUCGAACGCCGCUUAUGGUGGUGGUGCUCUGUAUGCGACCGACGUUAUCAUCGCCCAGGAGGUCUGGUAUGGGCAGUCAUUUGGAUGGGCAUGGCAGAUGCUCUUCGGAAUCACGACUUUGUGUACGGGCUAUGGGCUGGCUGGGUUAUCUCGACGCUUCCUCGUCUGGCCUGCUGCCAUGAUCUGGCCUUCAGAUCUGGUCAACGCGGCCUUGUUCUACACACUGCACGAUCACUCGAAAGCCGAUCCUUCCAAGACUAAUGGGUGGCGUAUUGGACGAUACAAGUGGUUUUUGAUCGUCUUUUCUGGUGCUUUUGUGUGGUAUUGGUUCCCCGGCUGGAUAUUUCAGGGCCUUUCUGUCUUCACUUGGGUCUGCUGGGUUGCUCCCGACAAUGUCAUCGUCAAUCAGAUCUUUGGAGGUGCUAGCGGAUACGGCUUGCUGCCCAUCACCUUCGAUUGGACCAUCAUAACCGGCUAUAUUGGCUCGCCUCUGAUCCCACCGUUUCACGCAAUUGCGAAUAUCAUUGGCGGUGUCUUCAUCUUUUUUAUUGUCAUAUCCAUGGGCCUGCAUUUCUCAGGUCACUGGUACGCCGCAUAUCUGCCCGUUCAGAGCUCGCAUGCAUUUGACAAUACAGGCCACAAGUACAACGUCAGCGCCGUGCUCAACGAUCAAUUUCAAUUUGAUGAGGCAAAGUACAAGGCUUAUUCACCUCUUUACCUAUCAACGCAGUUCGCCCUUGCGUACGGACUCGCAUUUGCAGCAGUCGCCGCCGUAAUCGUCCAUGUGUUGCUUUAUCACGGGCGGGAGAUUUGGACCCAAUUCAAGCUGGCGCGCCACCAAGAGGACGAUGUCCACAUGCGUAUGAUGAAGAAAUACCGGGAUGCUGAGGAUUGGUGGUACGCAGUGCUUUUCGCGGUGAUGAUCGGCAUCUCCUUUGGCGUUGUGUGUGGUUGGCCGACGGGAUUCCCAUGGUGGGCGUACAUCAUCUGCAUGCUCCUCCCUAUCGUAUGGACCAUUCCGAUUGGUAUCGUCCAAGCCAUUACCAACUUUCAGCUGGGAAUCAACGUGCUGACCGAGUUUAUCGUUGGAUAUAUGCUGCCUGGGCGUCCGUUGGCGAUGAUGAUGUUCAAGAACUACGGCUAUCUCUGCAUGUCGCAAGCGUUAUACUUCGCACAGGAUUUGAAGUUAGGGCAUUACAUGAAGGUGCCACCAAGAACUAUGUUCUUUGCGCAGUUGGUCGCAUCAAUCUGGUCGGCUAUCGUUCAGAUUGCCGUCAUGAACUGGGCACUGGGAGCCAUCCCGGAUGUCUGCGCUGACUAUCAGGCAAACUCCUACACUUGCGCUAACGCAAAGGUCUUCUACACCGCUUCCGUGGUUUGGGGUGCUAUCGGCCCAGCGCGCAUGUUCAGCGGCAGUGCUUUGUAUUCCAAUCUCCAGUGGUUCUGGCUUGUUGGUGCCGUUACUCCAGUCAUUACAUGGUUCUUUGCCCGUCGACAUCCCAAGUCUCUAUGGCGGUAUGUCAACUUGCCGCUAGUGUUUGGCGGCUCAGGUUGGAUACCUCCUGCCACCGUGUAUAUAUACCUGUGA